UUUGAUAUAAUAAUUUAUAAUCUGAGGAUAAAAUAAUUUAAUUUUAUUUAUUUUGUGGUUUAGAUAACUUCUCUUAAGUUAUUAUGGUUUAGGAAUUAGGAGUUAGUAAGUACUAGUCGAGUAUGAUUAGGAAAUUUAGUUGGUUUGGGUGUCCUUAGCCACUAUAUAUAUGGUGGAGGAGAUAGGUCAAGAACCAUUCAUCAUCAUCGUCCUGCUUUGUUUUCAAAGCAUACUAUCGUCAGAUCUCAGCCACUGGAGACAUGUCAGAGACCAACACUAACGCAGAGAUUGCUACCAUGUCCUUUGUGAAGCAAUACUAUCACAUCCUCAACGAAGAACCUCACUAUCUUCAUAUCUUUUACAAUGAGCCAUGUCUGUUUAACCGUCCUGAUCCUGCCACCCAUGUCAAGAAAACGUUUUGGACCAAGAAAGAAGUGAAAGAUGAGUUUCUGGCUACGCGAUACGAAGAUUACAAGGCUGAGAUUGAAACCUCACUUGGUAUACCAUAUCCUAUGGAGGAUGGUCGUGUGAUUGUGUUUGUCAAUGGAUACUUGACUAGGAAGAAAGAUAACGUGAGGAGGAAGUUUACGCAAACGUUUCUCCUGGCUCAGCAAACCGAAGGCUUAAGUAUCCUUAACGAUACUUUCAGGUUCAAAGAGAUGCAGACACAGAUGCCAACUCCUCACGAACCAGCAGCAACAGAGAGCCAAGCUUCCCUUAGUAAGAAAGCUUCAAGCAAAGGGGGAGAUGAUGAUGAAUGGUUAUGUGUCUAAGAAUUAGGGUUCUAGGAUAUUAGGAAUCAAAUCGAAAGAUAUGUAGGUUCCUAUUCUAGUGUUUUCAUAGAGAUUUGUCUUUGGUUUAUAGUAAAUUUCAUUGUCUCAGCUGCUGAAAAACUUUUAUAAAAGGUUAAAUUACAAUUCUAAAAAAUUUCCAUAUUAUAUUUUAAACCUAAACAAAGUUUUUUUUUUUUUUUAACUAUACAAGUAAAUAAGAAGCUUGAACUAGUAAUGAAGCUGUAAUGUUUCAUUUAUGU